GAAAGAUUGCCUGAAUUGCCCAGUUGACACUUAUGAAGCCAGAAUCUAGAGAAAUCUAGCAUAAAAUUCGUAUACAAGCAUGGCCAAGGCGACAACAAUUAAGGAUGCGCUGGCACGCUGGGAGGAACGCAACAAACAGGAGGCGAUCACCGCCCAGGAUAUUGGCUUGCAAUUCCAGUAUCCACCGAUUGAGAAAAUGGAUGCCACACUGAGCACGCUUGUGGAGUGUCAAAAGCUGAGCCUCUCCUCGAACAUGAUUGAGAAAAUCACUGGCAUUUCGGGAAUGAAAAAUUUGCGUGUGCUUAGCUUGGCGCGCAACUAUCUGAAGAAUCUGAAUGGCAUCGAGACGCUGGCCGAGACCUUGGAGGAGCUAUGGGUUAGCUAUAACAAUAUAGAUAAAAUCAAACCGAUCGAGGCUAUGAAAGCGCUCAAGGUAUUCUAUAUAUCGCACAAUCUGAUCAAGGAUUGGGCAGAGUUUGGACGCAUAGGUGUUCCACCGAAUCUGAAUGAUUUAACAUUCGUUGGGAAUCCAUUGAACGAGAAUAUGGAUCCGGUUGCCUUUACCGCCGAGGCCAUACGCCGUUUGCCCAAUCUCAAGAGACUCGAUGGAGAGCCACUCAUACGUUAGAGUGGGCCAGUUCAAGUUGUUGUUCUCGUUGUUUGUGCAAAAAUAAAAGAUGCAGCCACAAAUCUUCAUGCAUAUGACCAACAUCCAGCCACCCAGCCACGCCCACAAAACAACAAUGAGCCCUGCUGGCAGCAUUACAAGCAAAAUCAAGUUUUGCAUAUCAACAAGAAGUUGCACAUCCUUCGAAUAGAAUGCAGAAUAAACUUGCACUUCCGGUUGCCUUAAAGCGUUCAACAACAGCAGAAGCUGGCAAAUAUGCUGCGCGGCAACACCAAACGAUGCCGCUUCACCCAUCCACACAUAGUAAAUCAAAAAAGUUGUCUAGUGCCAAAUAGGGGCGUGCCUGUCGUACAAGUUGCACUUGUAGGAUAUUUCAACUGCUUCUAUGCCUGGCCCUUCGACAACGUGCCACGGCCCCACCCACAAAAAAAAAGAUGGACAGAAUCUAAGGCUGGUUGCCUGCAGACUGCAGUCGGCCACUUCUACACGUAUUUGACAUGAAAUCAUAAACAAGUUGCGCAAACUUUGCUCCAUCUGCACACAGAACUGCAUUUUGCAACAGGAAGUCACACAGUCAGUCACUCAGUCAGCAAAAGCAAAAAAAUUUGUAUAAAUUAAAAUUGUCGCUGCGUUGCGUCGAAUUUUGCAUAUAUUAUAAAUCUUCCUUGACUGGAAUGUAGUUAGGAGCGGUUUGUUAUGCUAAGAAUAAUGCAACUGAAAAAAAGAGAUGAGCUGUAAAACUUGCAGACGCUGCGGCCGAUAAUAUUAAUAGGAAACUUUAACUAUUGAAAAACGGUGCUCUUAAAUAUUUAAGAUCUAACUUGCGUGCAGAUUAAUUGGUCUCUCUGGCAUAUCGAUUACCUUAUGGCUGCUCAUGAAAACUGAAUAAAAAUUGUUUUAGUGUUGUGAAAUUAGAUGA